GUCAGCGGUUGGGAACACUGUGCAGAGGUCGCUCCUAAAAUCUAAACAUGGCGUCCCCACGGCCGAAGUCUCCCAAGCCCGUCACGCCUCAGAAGAAAAAAGACGAAUCAUUCUUGGAAUAUUUGGGUACCCUGGGCAGAAGGAAGAAGAUAAAGGAAGUUGUUGAACUUCAAGAAGAAGGGAAGAAUGCGAUUGAAACUCCCGGCAGCCCUACCCUCCCUGACCUGCCACCCCAGGACUAUAUUCUUGACGAGAUGGAGGAACGGGCCAUGAUUGAGCCGCUCUCGUACGAGGAUCCCCGACUGAAGGAGCUGAUCAGCGUGCUGAUAGAGUGGAUCAACGACGAGCUGGCCAGCCAUCGCAUCAUUGUCAAGGACAUCGAGGAGGACCUCUACGACGGCCAGGUCCUCCAGAAGCUGCUUGAGUCUCUGACGGGCAAGCGCCUGGAUGUGGUGGAGGUGACGCAGUCGGAGGAGGGCCAGAAGCAGAAGCUCCGCACAGUGGUGGACUGCGCCAACCAGAUCCUCGGACUCCCCAAGUGGGGACAGUACAAGUGGUCCGUUGAGAGCAUCCACAACAAGAACAUUGUGUCGAUCAUCCACUUGCUGGUGGCACUGGCGAGACACUUCAGGGCCCCAGUGAGGCUGCCCGAAAACGUCGUUGUCAACGUCGUCGUCGUGCAGAAACGCAACGGCAUCCUACAUCCCCGCACCGUUCAAGAGGAACUGACGUCGACCUACGAUGACUUGGGAAUGAGAGUUGAAAGGGACGCAUUCGACACGCUCUUCGACCACGCUCCCGACAAGCUUCAAGUCGUGAAGAAGUCGUUGAUGACGUUUGUGAACAAGCAUCUCAACAAGAUCAACCUUGAAGUCAGCGACCUGGACACUCAGUUCCAAGACGGCAUCUAUCUGGUGCUGCUGAUGGGGCUGGUGGAAGGCUACUUCGUGCCUCUCUACUCCUUCUUCCCAACACCCUCGUCGUUUGAGCAGAAGGUGCACAACGUCGCUUUCGCCUUCUCCCUCAUGACGGACGCCGGACUGCCCAAACCCAAGGCCAGGCCCGAAGAUCUGGUUAAUGCAGACUUGAAGUCUACCCUGAGGGUGCUGUACAACCUCUUCACCAAGUACAAGGACACCUAAGCAAGGUUCUUCUCCUACAGCUCCUAUCCCUCCAGAGCAAAAAACAAAACUUGAUGCCUCUGGAAGUCAUGCACUGCCACAGCAUAUCUUGCAUUUAGCUACUGUUAUCCUCGUGCCUUACGAGCAGUGACGACUCGCGAAGCUGACAUCAAGCUUUGAGUGUUUAUUUAACUGAACAACUAACUUAAUCUGUCUAACUAAGCGUUAGGAGCCGAUACUCACACCAAAAAUAUGAGAGCCGCCGAGGAGCGAAACGCUUUGUACAUAAUGAAAAAUAGCACUUUUAAUAAUAUAUUUGUAGAUGUUGACAUUCAUGACUGUAAUGUCGCUCUCCUAUCCCCGCGCACAAAAGAUGACUUGGCGCCUUGUUUUUGGAAGUGCCUUUUAGAGUUGGAUUUACUUGUUCGCAAUUGUCGAGUAAUAAACCUUUAUCCGAA